GGUUCAUUAAUAUUUUCAUUAAAUCACAUUUUUUUUUUCAAUAUUACAUUCAUGUAAAAUGCAUUGAGAGCUGAGGAAAAGGAGUGAAAGAAACGACGACGUGCAUGAAUGCAACUCGUUUUUGAGGUUCUGUCAGCGUCCUUUGUUCGUCGGGAAAUAAUAAAAGAGAAGAAAACCUCCCUCCAGUGAAAUUUUCCUCUAAUCCAGCUUUCAAUAUCUAUACAAAUUUUGUCAACCAAAGCGAUUUCCUGUUGUGUUUUCUCAAACCCAGUUCGGAAUUUUUUAAUACUAUUUUUCUCAUUGCUACCCACUUGCUGAGAAACAAGGAAAGAGAGAAAAAAACCCGCCUUUGACCAGAAGGAAAUCUCAUCUCUUUUCCGAAGGAUGAAAUUGCGAUCUCUGCGACAGUGCCCAGUGGAAAUCUGGCCUUGAAUUGGUCUGUAAUGGCGAGAUUUUUGGUGCUUGUGGUUUUGCUGUCUCUGGGCAUUGGCGGGUCAGGACUCGAACGGGUUCAGGAGGCUCCGUGGAGGAUCCACACCCUGUUCUCGGUGGAGUGCCAGAACUAUUUCGACUGGCAGACGGUCGGUCUCCUGCACAGCUUCAAGAAGGCCCGACAACCCGGCCCGAUUACCCGGCUCCUCAGCUGUACGGACGAAGAGAAGAAGCAUUACAGAGGGAUGCAUCUGGCUCCCACCCUCGAGGUUCCUUCCAUGAGCAGACAUCCCAGAACUGGCGAUUGGUACCCAGCUAUUAAUAAACCAGCUGCAGUUGUUCACUGGCUUAAACAUAGUAAAGAUGCAGGGAAUGUUGAUUGGGUUGUGAUUUUGGACGCCGAUAUGAUUAUCCGAGGUCCAAUUAUACCCUGGGAACUUGGUGCGGAGAAAGGCAGACCAGUUGCUGCAUAUUAUGGAUAUUUGGUUGGGUGUGAUAAUAUUCUUGCUCAGUUGCACACAACGCACCCGGAACUCUGCGACAAGGUUGGUGGGCUUUUAGCUAUGCAUAUAGAUGAUCUUAGAGCACUUGCUCCCAUGUGGCUUUCAAAAACAGAAGAGGUACGGGAAGAUAAAGCUCACUGGGCAACCAAUAUAACUGGUGACAUUUAUGGCCAGGGAUGGAUCAGUGAGAUGUAUGGGUACUCAUUUGGUGCUGCAGAAGUGGGGCUGCGACACAAGAUUAAUAAUGACUUAAUGAUCUACCCAGGCUAUGUUCCACAACAGGAUGUUGAGCCUAUUCUUUUACACUAUGGCUUGCCGUUUAGGGUUGGGAAUUGGUCUUUUAGUAAAUUGGAUAAGCAUGAAGAUGAUAUUGUCUACGACUGCAGUAGGCUCUUCCCAGAACCUCCUUAUCCUAGAGAGAUAAAAUUGAUGGAAGCUGAUCCAAACAGGAGGAGGGCCCUAUUUUUAAGUAUAGAAUGUAUGAACACUUUGAAUGAGGGUCUCUUACUACAACAUGCUGCAAAUGGAUGCUCUAAGCCGAAGUGGUCAAAAUACUUGAGCUUUUUAAAGAGCAAAACUUUUUCUGAACUGACUCAGCCGAAGUUUCUGACUCCUGCUAGAAGGCAAACUGAGGAGACUAGGUUGCAUCAGCAUGCCUUCAAUGAACCCAGGAGACCACAUCCAAAAAUCCACACCCUUUUUUCCACCGAAUGUACCCCUUACUUUGAUUGGCAAACUGUAGGACUUAUGCAUAGUUUCCAUCUGAGUGGCCAGCCUGGAAAUAUCACGCGUCUUCUUAGCUGUACUGAUGAGGACUUAAAGCGAUAUAGGGGCCAUGAUCUGGCUCCCACCCAUUAUGUUCCAUCCAUGAGCCGUCAUCCAUUAACUGGAGAUUGGUAUCCAGCAAUCAAUAAACCAGCUGCAGUCCUUCAUUGGCUUAAUCAUGCCAAUACUGAUGCAGAAUAUGUAGUGAUUCUGGAUGCUGAUAUGAUCUUGAGAGGCCCAAUUACACCAUGGGAGUUCAAUGCAGCACAUGGCCGGCCAGUUUCAACUUCCUAUGACUACCUUAUUGGAUGUGACAAUGAGCUUGCAAAACUGCAUACCAGCCACCCCGAAGCUUGUGACAAGGUUGGUGGCGUAAUUAUCAUGCACAUAGAUGAUCUCCGGAAGUUUGCUCUACUAUGGUUACACAAGACCGAGGAAGUACGAGCUGACAAAAGUCAUUAUUCCAAAAAUAUAACUGGAGAUGUUUAUGAAUCUGGAUGGAUUAGCGAGAUGUAUGGUUACUCUUUUGGAGCAGCAGAGCUAAAAUUGCGACAUCUCAUAAACAAUGAGAUCAUGAUAUAUCCAGGAUAUGUUCCUGACAAGGGUGUCAAGUACAGAGUAUUCCACUAUGGUUUGGAAUUUAGUGUUGGGAACUGGAGCUUUGACAAGGCAAACUGGAGGGAUGCCGACUUGGUUAACAAAUGCUGGGCUAAGUUCCCAGACCCACCUGAUCCAUCAACGCUUGAUCCAACUGAUGAUGACAGUUUACAACGGGACCUGCUCAAUAUAGAAUGUGCAAGGACACUAAAUGCAGCUCUGCAUUUGCAUCAUGAGAGGAGGAAGUGUCCCGAUCCUAGCUCCUUAUCCACCUCAAAUUUGGAAACAGCGAGGGAAAGUACAAUGUCUAGGAAAUUUGGCAGGAUCGAUGAAAGGGAUGCUGUUCGAAAUAACCCUGUGCUAAUGAAUGACUCCAAGAAAUCGGUUCUUCCUGCUGCAACAGGUCAAAUGUUUGGCUCUUUGAGGUAUUGGGUUGUUGGUCUAUGGGUUUUGUCAAUUUUGGGUUUCUUUGCUGUUAUGUCUGUUCUGCUUUCUGGUCAGAAAGGGCGGGGAACAAGGGGUAAAAAUCAUAAAAGCAAGAGAAGAGCCCCCUAUUCUGGAUUCUUGGAUAUAAAUGGACUUGAUAGGUAUUCCCACAUUGCCGAGAAAAGUACAAAAAAUUGAGAUCCUGAAGAUAAAACUAAAAUGUUGACAUUGUUAGGAAUCACAUGAGAGGCUGCAAGAAGAGUGCUCUAGUUGAAACUCGUUUAAGUAGUUGACACCAAGGACUUCUCCAGUUAUAGUGAGCGAUGACUUUUUCUGUGAUUCAGCGAUUUCUAAUUGGUUCUGUACCUCACUGAGCACUUCUUCUCGACCUCAAUUUGGCAUCUGAGUUCCUGUGCAAAGAACAAAUCGACUAUGAGAUAACUGUUUUGCUUAAAUUCCAAUUUUGUGAAUGUAUAAUGUCAAUCUGAGUUCUCUUCAAGGUUUUGUAUUUUCGUAUAUACAGUAUACCACAGUUGGGUAGGCACAACCAGAACUUGUUUGGUGGAAGGAACUAUGACAUCCUGACUAGAAAAUUGUAAUGUGUAAUUUGUAAUUUCUCCUCUCUGCAUGUUGCUCGUUUGGCUGUAACAAAUGUUCUGGUUAAUGACCUCGUCUUCAAUAAUUGUGACUCUUUCAUGCA